AAAAUUGGCAUGAAGCCCAAAGAGUAAAUUUUUAAUGUAAUGUUUUGAUCAACCUUCAUCAAAAUUCCAGUGAAAAUAUGACUUUUCCAAGUAAAUUAACUGCAAAAAAUGUGAUUUAGUACGUGUAGUUGGCAGCGCAAACACUAAAGAGCAUAAUGGAAGUAAUGGUAGGGCUGUCAAGGUAUUUGCGGCGAAAGGUUUUAGAAGUUCCUGUACGUGUUGUAACUUUACAUUGCGUGAACUACACAAGGCUAGCUGAGGUUGGCCGCUUAGAAGAACCAAAGUCUGAUGGAAAAUAUGACACAGGACAACUGUUUCUUCACAGAGUAUUUGGCUACCGUGGCGUCGUUCUUUUUCCAUGGCUUGCCAGAGUAUAUGAUAGAGAUGAGUCUGUCAGGAAGAGAGGAAACAGGAGUGUGCCAUCUCCUGGAUCGCCAUCUUCAGAUGUAAAAGGUCAGACACAGACCUUCUAUCAAGUUCUAAUUGACUCCAGGGAUUGCCCAUUCAUUCGAGCACAAACAGAGGCAGUUACGUUUCUUGGUAACCAAGACAGCAGUCGUAGCUUGUAUGCUAUACCAGGCUUGGACUAUGUAGCCCAUGAGGAUGUACUGCCAUAUACAACUACUGAAAAGCAGCCACUGCAUCAUGAACUGGUGGACAAAUUCUUGUCUCAUGUGCCAGACAGAGAUCCUCCAUUUGUAGGACUAGAAACUUUAGAUGCAUGGCAAAGAAAAAAUCAUCCAUGGCUUGAAUUGUCGGAUGUUCACAAGGAAACAACAGAAAAUGUUCGUGUGACAGUCAUACCUUUCUAUAUGGGUUCUAGAGAAUUUCAGACUGCUUCUGUUUAUUGGUGGCGAUACUGCAUACGUCUUGAGAAUCUUGGAAAAUUAUCAGUUCAGCUGCGGGAGCGGCACUGGCGAAUCUUCAGCCUGUCCGGUACACUGGAGACAGUGCGUGGACGUGGAGUGGUUGGCCAGGAACCUGUCCUCUCUCGGACUUCGCCAGCUUUCCAGUACAGCAGCCAUGUCAGUUUGCAGGCACCAUCAGGCCACAUGUGGGGCACCUUCCGUAUGGAGCGUGAAGAUGGAUUUUCAUUCGACUGUCGCAUCCCGCCCUUCCCACUUGAGAGCAAAAUAGAAGAGCAGCCACCAGCCUCAUCACCUACACAGGGAGCAGAAUGAAUUAGAGACUAAUUGUAUUUAUUGUACAGAUUUCAGUAAUUUAUUUGAAAAAACAAUUGUGCAAGUUGUAAUUUCUCAACUGUCCUUGCUGAUGCAAGUGAAUUAAAGAAUUGAAACUGUGGAUAGCCUGUGAAA